CUGAAAGGCCGGGAAGAGCGGACGGAGAGUGUGAGAGAGACAGACAGACCUGCACACCGCGGACACACGGACAGACAUGGAAGGCUCCACGGAGGAACAAUACAAAGAGAAAUUAUUAUGGAACGUCAAACGAGAGGUAAAGCAGAUUAUGGAGGAAGCGGUGACUAAGAAAUUUGUCCACGAAGACAGCAGCCACAUCAUUGCUCUGUGCACUGCCAUCGAGGCCUGCCUGUUUCACCUGCUGAAGAGACGGGCAGCUGGCUUUCUCCGCAGCGACAAGAUCGCAGCCCUCUUCACUAAGGUCGGCAAAGUCUACGACACCGCCGGCGAGGUUUGCCGCAAAGUGCAGGAGCAACUCCAGCAGCAGGCUGAUCUCACCAAAAGAACCCAGAGCGUUGGACAUGAACCUCUGAGGAGGCAGGGAUCCUCCACCACCAGUCGCCCCCCUCAGCCGCUCUCUGCCCAGGCCAUCAAACACAUCUGGGUCCGGACGGCGCUCUUCGAGAAGGUUCUGGACAAGAUAGUGCAGUACAUCGUGGACAAUUCCAGUAAAUACUAUGAAAGGGAAGCUCUGAUGCAUGACUCAGUGUUUGGGCCCAUCUUGGCAGCCCUACUGGUGGGGCCCUGUGCUCUGGAGUACACCAAGCUGAAGACAUCAGAUCAUUUCUGGACAGACCCAUCAGCCAACGAGCUGGUUCAGCGCCACCGUAUCCACGGGGCCCACAGGGGCCAUGAUGUGUCAGCUGGCCGCCGGCCUGCUCUGGGGAUCCACAAAAGGCAAUCGAGCAGCAACAUGUCAGACGACAGGUUUGCUGCAUCAGCCAGGGAGUAUGUGGAGUCUCUUCAUCAAAACUCCAGAACACACCUUCUCUACGGGAAAAACAACGUCCUGGUGCAACCGAAGAAAGACAUGGAGGUGUUGCGGGGCUACUUGUCACUCCACCAGGCUGGGGACAACCUCACCCUCAAGUGGACGCCCAACCAGCUCAUCAACGGCACACUGGGAGACUGCGACCUGGAAAAGAGUAUCUACUGGGACUAUGCACUGACUGUUCCUCUACGCCAGAUAGUCUGCAUCCACUGUCACCAAAGGCCCGAUUGUGGUGGUACACUGGUUCUGGUCAGUCAGGACGGGAUUCAGCGGCCGCCCCUCCACUUCCCCCCUGGUGGUCACCUCCUGGCCUUCCUCUCCUGUUUGGAAACCGGCCUCCUACCACGGGGUCAGCUUGAACCCCCUCUCUGGUCCCAGAAAGGCAAGGGAAAAGUGUUCCCUAAACUUAGGAAAAGGGGCAGUGCUGCCCGGCUCAUCGACCAGGACAGGAAUGGUGAGGAGCAGACAGCUGCUGACUACGUGUUUCGCAUCGUUUACCCUGGAUACCGAUAUGACGCCACAGUCACCAUAAACUACCACCACACCACGGGCAGCCGCGCUCCGUCGCUGGAUGAUGACGAGGAAGAGGAAGAUAGGCUCCAUGCAAUGAUCUCAAUGAUCUGCUCGCGGAACCUCACAGACCCUAAUGUCAUGAAAGACCACGGGGAGAUGAUGGAGAUGCAGGGUUUUGGAGGCAGCCCGUCGUCGUGGCAACAGACCGAAAUAACCACUCACGAGUCCCUGUGCCAGUCCUGCUCCACAGCUGGUAGCAACGUGUCGUUUGACUACCCGGCUGGCUGCACCUGCAUACACGACCCAUCAGACAUUCACACUGUUCCUCUUAAGAUGCUCUGCCAGAACAUGAAGAGGCAGAUAGUCUCCAGGGCCUUUUAUGGAUGGCUGGCCUACUGUCGACACCUGUCCACCGUGCGGACUCACCUGUCAGCUCUGGUCAACCACAACAUCGUCCCUCCAGACAGACCCUGCGAGGCGUCCGGAGGCCUCAGCAAAGAGGUGUGGAGCAAGUACCAGAAAGACUGCAAGAACUAUAAGGAGCUGGAGCUGCUGAGGCUGGUUUAUUAUGGCGGGGUGCAGCACGACAUCAGGAAGGAGGUCUGGCCCUUUCUGCUGGGACACUACAAGUUUGGCAUGGGCAAAAAGGAUAUGAGCCAGAUUGAUGCAAAGAUCAGUGAGCGCUACCAGCAGGUGAUGCGGGAGUGGAAGGCCUGCGAGGUGAUCGUCAAGCAGAGGGAGAAGGAGAUGCAGUCGGCCAUCUUUGCCAAGCUCUCAUCUGGCAGCAGCAUCGACAGUCAUGUCCUGCGACUUGUCCACAGAGACUCCACACUCAGCAACGAGGUGUUCAUGUCAGUGGAUGAGCCGGACGCUGGGAGCCAGGAGACCCCCAGCGGAGAGGACAGCACUCCCACCAUGACCACCCUGGUCCCCCCUGCAGCCCUCCCCGCAGAGGAGCGCCCCCAGGUGGAGUUUGACUCCCCCGACUCGGGCCUGCCCUCCUCCAGAAACUACUCGGUAACCUCCGCUCAUUCCCAGAUCCUGUCCAGCAUAGACGACGGUCAGAGCACAGAGGAGGAGGGGGGGGGUCGGGAGGAGGGCAGGACUCUGGGUGUGCUGGGGGGUCGUCAGGACUCUCUGACCGAGGACAGACUGUGCAGUCAGCUGGACAAACUGGUGACCAAUGGAGCAGCUGCUGAGGGGGUUUCACCUUCACUCUCCUCAUAUACGAUCGAGCUGCUGGACACAGUCGCCCUCAACCUCCACAGGAUAGACAAAGACGUGCAGCGCUGCGACCGCAACUAUAACUACUUCACCACAGCCAACCUGGAGAAGCUGCGCAACAUCAUGUGCAGCUAUGUGUGGGAGCAUUUAGAGAUGGGCUACGUUCAGGGCAUGUGUGACCUGCUCGCUCCGCUCAUGGUCAUCCUGGAUGAUGAGUGCCUGGCGUACAGCUGUUUCACUCAGCUAAUGAAGAGGAUGAGUCAGAACUUCCCUAAUGGUGGAGCCAUGGACACACACUUUGCCAACAUGAGGUCACUGAUUCAGAUCCUGGACUCUGAGCUGUUUGAACUGAUGCAGCAAAACGGAGAUUACACUCACUUCUACUUCUGCUACCGCUGGUUCCUGCUGGACUUCAAGAGAGAGCUCCUGUACGAGGAUGUGUUUGCGGUGUGGGAGGUGAUCUGGGUGGCUCCCAGGAUUUCCUCACAGCAUUUUGUCCUUUUCCUGGCCUUGGCACUGGUCACCGUUUACCGUGAGAUCAUCAUGGACAACAACAUGGACUUUACUGACAUAAUCAAGUUCUUUAAUGAGAUGGCCGAGCGUCACGAUGUCCAGCACAUCCUGAAGAUAGCACGAGAGCUGGUGCAUAAAGUUCAGUCUCUGAUGGACAACAAGUGACCACAGAAGAAGAAGAGGAGGAAUGGGAGGAUGAAGAGGGAGAGAGUGUCCCACCCUACAGGACACUCAGCUCCUCCUCUCAACCCUCACAAAGUGUUUCUCGGCCUCCAUCAAACCAGAGCAGGUCCAGGGGGUCCAGGUCUCCUCCCUGCCCAGACAAGGACUGUGGGAGCGGGGCAGGAGCGCUGCAGGGGCGGCCUGGCUCUGGAGCUCAGCCUCGAUCUGUUUACAUUUCCCGUCACAUGGAAUGCUGGUGUCCGUUCAAACAUGUGGAUAUGUCUGCAUGCUUGUCAGUUUGAUCACACUGUGAACGCAUUCUUGAGUCUCCCCAGUCCUCCAGAGCUUGUGUGCGUGCAUGAAAACACACACAUACACACACACACACACACACACACACACAACACAGCAUUGGCUCUAUCAAUACUCCAGUUUUCUAGAGUCUCACCCCCUUUCCUCUACUCUCAAAGUGAACAUGAUGCCUGUCAGUGGAGGAGUACUACAGGAAGGCUGAAGCGUUCCAGUGGAGGCCACUAGAGUGCAGGAUUUACACACUGCAUAGUAAGAGGAGCAGAAGACGU